GUGAAGAAAGUUCCGCGCCGUUUCCUCAUUUCCCUUGGGAGUCGGUCGCGGAGCUCCCCAGGCCUAGAUUUGCAGGCAUGGCUCUGUCCAUCGGCGUCCUGGGUCUCGGCCUCCUGGCAUCUGCCUUCGCCUCCUACAACAUCGACCAAGACGUCCACCUCGACACGGUGGGGCUGCUAAGGAAAUACGGGUACCCGGCGGAGGCGCACGAGGUGACGACGGCCGAUGGCUACAUCCUGACGCUGCACCGCGUGCCCCACUCGCCCUCGUCGCCCCCGGGGGGCAGGGGGGCGGGGGGCCGGAGACCCGUGGUGUUCCUGCAGCACGGCUUGGUGUGCUCCUCCGCCGACUGGGUCGUCAUGGGCCCCGGCGUCGCCCCAGCGUACGUUCUGGCUGACGCCGGAUAUGAUGUGUGGAUGGGAAAUUUUCGAGGGAACAAAUACAGCCGGCGUCACACGAGUCUCAGCCCCGAUGGACUGUUCAACUCGAAAUUCUGGAAUUUCGAUUGGCACGAAAUGGGCAUCUACGACAUGCCCGCGUCUAUCGACUACGUGCUCGAAACCACUGGAGAGGAAAAGUUAUUCUACAUAGGCCAUUCCAUGGGCACAACAAGUUUCUGGGUGAUGAACGCCGUGCGACCAGAGUUCAACGCCAAAUUCCGCGCCAUGUUCGCAUUGGCCCCUGUGGUCUACGUGCGCUACGUGCCCCAACCACUGCUGCGCGCCGCCGCCUACGCCAACAAGCCUCUUGAGCUUAUUUCCAAAUUAAUAGGUUACAAUGAGCUCCUCCCAAGCAAAAUACUACAGACAAUCUUUGGGAAGAUAUGUAGAGAUAAACUACCUUCCAAGAUUAUAUGUGAAAAUCUUAUCUACUUUUUUUGUGGUUACAACCCUGAAGAACUAAAUUCGAUGUGGGACUAUGGACCAACAAAUAUUUUCCACUACGGUUCAAGGUCACCGCCUAAGUACAAUCUAAGCAAAGUAACUGCACCAGUAGCUCUUUACUACAGUAUUGGUGAUACAUUGACUGAUAAAAUGGACGUGGACAGGCUGUACAGGAACACCAUAAACCCAAUUGGCAAAUUCCAAAUCCCCAAGGAUCAUUUUAGUCACAUGGAUUUUAUUUGGGGCAUCCAUUCUAAGGAAUUAAUAUUCGAUUUGAUCAUCGCUAAUUUUCAAAUUGGUUACAAUGAGGUCAAGAAAGGCAAUCCACAAAAUACAAUCUUUGGGACGAUAUGUAGACAUAAACUACCUUACAAGACUAUGUGUGAUAAUCUUAUAUACUUUCUUUGUGGUUACGACCCUGAAGAACUAAAUUCGACGAUGCUCCCAGUUCUUAUGAGUCACACGCCGGCGGGGGCCAGCUCUAAGACGCUUCUGCACUUUCUGCAGGAAAUCUUAUCAGAUGAGUUUCAGAUGUGGGACUAUGGACUAACAAAUAUUUUCCACUACGGUUCAUUGUCACCGCCUAAGUACAAUGUAAGCAAAGUAACUGUACCAGUGGCCAUUCACUACAGCAUAGGUGAUAGGAUCACUGGUAAAACGGAUGUGGACAGACUGUUCAGGAACACCAGAAAUACCAUUGGCAAGUUUCAAGUCCCCAAGGAUCAUUUUAGCCACAUGGAUUUUGUCUGGGGCGUCCAUUCUAAGGAAUUAAUAUACGAUUUGAUCAUCGGUUUAAUGUCACGCGUUUGAAAGUGUGCCAUUUUUCUGUGCUGCUAGGCACACGAGCACCUUCAGAUUUUGAUGGUGAAUUAAAAACAUCUCUAUUGAUUCAGUUAUAGUUUGUAUGAAGAGUAACGAAGAGUAAUGAGGAAGAAGAAAAAGAAGUAUAUUCUCUUCAUGGACACCUUAAUCACUUUCAUACGUCGUAUGGGUGCUCAACAAGACUUAUUCAUAAACAUAUUUACAUUCUUUUAAUACUUACUUUCCUACCCCGAUCUUGUGUUUACCACUUUCAUAACUUCUACUUGGUCUGUUUCUCUCCCUACCAUUUUUAUUUACAAUCUUGUGU